UCUAAGCACUCAGCUCUCUCUCUCUCUCUCUCUCUUCUCUCAAGUAAUCUCAUCUUUGCCUGUCUCGCUGUUCAAACCGCCCUUCUCAGACCAAAACCGAAUAAAUCUACUUCUUCAUCUACGCAUUCAAUCUCUCUCUCUCUCUCUCUCUCUCUCUUGAAGUUCCAGUCUUUCUUCCUCUUCUUCUUCUUCUUCUUCUUCUUCUUCUUUCGGCAGAAUCAGCUUUUCAUCUUCAACUAAUACCUUUCUCUGUUUCUCUUUUCUCUGCCCUGUAAAUAUUAUCGAAGAUGGCUGCCAACAAGUUCGCCACGAUGCUGCACAGGAACACCAACAAGAUGACUCUAAUUCUAAUCUACGCAGUGCUGGAAUGGGUUCUGAUCAUUCUGCUCCUUCUCAAUUCCCUUUUUACUUAUUUGAUCAUCAAAUUUGCAGACUACUUUGGCCUGAAAGCGCCCUGCCUUUGGUGCUCUCGCGUUGAUCACAUCUUCGAGAAGAACAAGAGCAACAACUUUCACAGAGAUCUUCUCUGUGAAGUCCACGCCGCAGAGAUCUCCAAGCUGGGCUACUGCUCCGGCCAUCGGAAGUUGGCUGAAUCGCAGGAUAUGUGCGAGGAUUGCUCAUCCUCUGAAAAUCCGAAGAAUUUGGCUUUCUUUCCGUGGAUUAAAGAGAUUGGAAUGAUCCAGAGUGAAGGACAUAAGGAGAAUGGUGGGAUGUGUGUGAAGUGUUCUUGUUGUGGCGUGAGCUUUGAGAGGAAAAUCUACUCUCCCUGUAUAGUGAUCAAGCCUUCUUGGGGCGUUUUGGACUAUGCCCAGAAAGAGAAUUUGGUUGCAGAGGCAGGAGAGGAUGAUCAGCUCGAAGAAGGCGAUAAUUCGGAUCGAAUGAGGUCAGAUUCCCUGAUGGAUCAGGGCCUGCAUGAAAAUGGGAUUGAGGAAAAGGGGUCGCACCAGAUGUCUGACGAUUUGGGUGAAAGAGAAAACUGGGCAGAAAUGGAUGUCUCUCUUUAUCUUACCAACUCUGGAUUGAAGGGCGAUGAAGAUGACAAGGAAGAUAUUGUUUUGGAGGCUGAUGAAGAAGAAACAGUAAAGGAGGAGGAGGAGGAGGAGGAGUCAAACUUCUUCAUGGAAUUUUCAUCUUCUGGUGAGACGUUGGGGCAAGUGGGUACCAAACAAGAUGCAUCUGUUGAGAUCAUCCCUCAGCAUCUGGAGUUCUUUGUUGGUCAUGAUGGCUGCAGGUUGAUUCCAGUCGAAUUGAUCGAUUCAACUACCGAGAAAAAUGGGGGUACGUACAGAAUUAAGGAGGAAGAAGAUGAUGAUCAUUGUGAAAAAGAUGAAGCAAAUUUGGGUUCCAAACCUCGCGGCGGACCGGUGAUGCAGACAAGGUCCGGUUUGGGGCAGGUAGAGGCAGAGCUCUCUGCCCAUCAAAUUAGGGAAGAAGCCAAAUUUGCUGUUCUUGAAUCCAUGGAAAUAGAAGAGUAUGAAAACUCUCUUGUAUUCCAUCCGAAGGAAUCUGAUUUUGUGAGGGAAGUUUAUGAACAUGUUGAGACCCAAAAUACAUCUGAAGAUGUGUACAAUGAUCAAGAAACAGAGUUAGCACAAGAGGGAGAAAGGGAUUUGGAUGUCGCUGCAGCCUUAGAAGAAGCAUUUGAAGCACCAAACAAUGAAACUGAAGCAGAAGUAUCGAUAGGAACUGAGAUUCCUGAUCUGGAGCAAACAGAUGAGUUUGGAAACCAAGAAACUAUUCCUCCGUGUACAAGCAUGAAUGAAAAUCCUUCCACCAGUUUUGCUAACUUUAUUGCCGAAGACGAUCACGGUUCCAAGCUAGUUGAGGAAGAGCCGGUAAAAUUAGACGCCAUAUCAGUUGAGGUGAGAGAGCAUGCGAUGAACAAUCAAGCUCCAUUUGGCUCAGACCUUAAUGAGAUCGAGGAGGAGAAAGUUCCUGAUACGCCCACUUCUAUAGAAAGUCUUCACAGUUUCCACAAGAAAUUGCUAUUACUUGAGAGAAAAGAGUCGGGUACUGAAGAUUCCUUGGAUGGAAGUGUUAUAAGCGAGUUUGAAGGUGGUGAGGGAGUUGUGACUGCUGAACGGUUAAAAUCAAUAUUAAGAGCUGAACGAAAGGCUUUACAUGCUUUAUAUGCUGAACUGGAAGAAGAGAGAAGUGCUAAUGCAGUAGCAGCCAACCAGACUAUGGCAAUGAUAAAUAGGCUCCAAGAAGAGAAGGCUGCAAUGCAGAUGGAAGCUCUUCAGUACCAAAGGAUGAUGGAAGAACAAUCUGAGUAUGACCAAGAAGCUUUACAGCUUUUGAAUGAGCUCAUGGUAAAGAGGGAGAAGGAAAAGCAAGAGGUAGAGAAGGAGUUGGAAGUGUAUCGGAAGAAGGUGUUGGAGUAUGAAGCCAAAGAAAAGAUGAGAAUGCUAAGAAAAAGUAAAGAUUGUGGUAAUAGAAGUGAAAGUUCAUCUCCUUCUUCUAGUAAUUCUGGGGAUAGUGAUGGAUUGUCGAUUGAUCUAAAUCAAGAAGCAAAAGAAGUAGAUAGCUCGGAUGAAGAAAAUGGCAACCAUAAUACCCCUGUUGAAGCAGUUAUAAAUUUGGAGGAAUCGUUGGUCAAUUUUGAGGAAGAAAGGUUAUCCAUUCUAGAGCAGCUCAAGGUAUUGGAAGAGAAGCUUUUUACAUUGUCUGAUGAAGAGGAAACACAUUUUGACAUAGAGCCUAUUGAUCAUUUCUAUGAAGAGAAUGGCAAAUAUUUCAAUGGUAAUUCAGAUAAUGGCAGCCAUGAAGUAAAUGGGGUUGCAAAUGGUUUUCACAAGGAAAUGAAUGGGAAGCAUCAUCAAGAGGGAAGAAUCAUGGGUGCAAAAGGAAGGAGACUCCUUCCCCUCUUCGAUGCCAUUAGUGCAGAGAAUGAAGACGUGGUAGAGAAUGGACAUGAAAAUGGUUUUGAUUCCGACAUUUCACGAACUUCUGCUAUCAAAAGAAUUGAGUUGGAAAACAAGAAGCAUGAUGUUGAGGAGGAGGUUGAUCAUCUCUAUGAGAGGCUAGAGGCACUUGAGGCAGACCGAGAGUUCCUUAAGCAUUGCAUUAGCUCCUUGAACAAAGGAGACAAGGGAACGGGGCUUCUUCAAGAGAUCUUGCAACACCUGCGCGAUUUGAGGAAUGUGGAACUCCGAGUGAGGAAUUUAAGCGACGGUGCUCUAGUGUGACAUUGUGCUUAACCAGCAUCCUCAAGACAACAGAUUGUGUUCUCGGAGUUCAUUGACAGCAGUGUGCUGUGGGACAGAAAGAGAGCAUCGGCAUGGCGAUGAUGAAAUUCAAAUGCAAAUGCUGAUUCCAUUCCGAGUCUUCAAGAACAGGAAGUCCCUGAUGGAAAGGGGAAGCUCCUGAUAUGUCUGUUUUGGUCAUCUUGGUGGACUGCUACACAUUCAAAGUCUGCCAACCUUUUCUUUCUUUUCCUUCUGGUUUUUGUGUCCAAGUAAGCCCAAAUUUUUGUGGGUUACUGCCCAUCUCCACCUUUUGAGGAAAAGGAGGAUGAUAAGUGCUGUGUGUGUGUAGGCUAGUAAGAUGCAGUAAGCCACCCUGUCUUUGUAUGUUCUUUGAGAAAGGCCUGGCUUGCAAAGCUGGAGAGAUCCAACAAAGAUUCCAGUGCCAGGUACAAAUCACCUAGUUUAUCACAAAGAGUUAGGUCUAGGAAAAUAUUUAUUUUCUUUCUUUUUCUUUGUGGUGAGAGGAAAAAAGAAGGGCAAGCAACCCCUCUUUUUUUCCUUCUCACUCUUGCAUCAUUUCAUCACAUGAGGUUUGUUUAUUAUUUGAAGGAGCAAAGUUGGCUUAGUUGUAUACUGCCCUGUACCCCAUUUGUAAGUAUAUAAAGUGUUUGUUUGUUUA